AUGGACCAAAUGCAGAGAAUCCUGAACCAGCCCCUCCCCACCCCCACCAAGUCCAAGAAGAGAAGGGCAUCGCUGCUAUCUUUCUUUUCCAAGGUCUCUUGGAAACUGAGGUUGCAGAAGCGGGAGCCUUUGAAGAACAUGCUCUCCAUCUUGGCAGAAAGAGCCCGGGAUCCUAAGGCUAAAAAUCGCCGUCUAGCAAUGAGGGCCCUGGGUACUCUGGCCCGGGAAGCUCCUGACAAGCAAGUGAGAAAGUAUAAGAAAGUUAUGCUUGACCUCCUGGUACAUGGACUGUAUGAUCCUGUGAGUUCUGAAGUUAUCCACGAGAGUGUGAAGACUCUGAUCAUCCUGCUGGGCAAGAUCCAGGGCCAAGGCCUGGGCUCCUUCUUCAUAGACAUCACCCUUCAGACCCGGACUUUAUUGAAUGAUGCUUGCAAAAUGACUGUUCAAGCCUGUGUUCCGUAUCUGAAACUCAGAAAGGAGCUGAGUUUCCAAAGUGAAGAAGAUUGGAAGAACCCCAGGCUUUCCCGGCAGCUGAGCCACUGCCAUCCAGAGAUCCUGCUGUACUUCUAUGCCAACAAAAUCCUCUAA